CUGUAUCUCAUUUCCUUUACAAUCAUAUAACUCAGGAAAAAAGAAAUUAUGGAGUUUGCAUCUGUUAGUAGUGUUCGUCGUUUGAUGCUCAUCAUGAUGUUCGUGCUGAUGAGUGCUUCUUUGGAGGUGAUGGUGGAUGCGGACACGACGGGCACGACGAACACGAUGAGAGCGAAACGAGAGCGCGUGACAUGCAACAGUCGCCGGAGCCGGUGCUUCAUGAGGUACGUGACAUGUCCGGUCGAGUGCCCUCAGGUGAAGCCCAGAGACCACAAGGCCAAAGCUUGCUAUCUGGAUUGCUACUCGCCCAAGUGCGAAGCUGUGUGUCGAAAGCGCAAGCCGGAUUGCAGUGGGAUGGGGGCCGCGUGCUACGACCCCCGUUUCGUCGGCGGGGACAACAUCGUCUUCUAUUUCCACGGCAGGAGCGACGAGCAGUAUGCGUUGGUAUCCGACACCGGCCUCCAGGUCAAUGCCCGGUUCAUCGGGCUCCGACCUGUUGGGAGAGCCCGCGACUUCACAUGGAUCCAAGCCUUGGGUGUCCUCUUUGACUCCCACACAUUCACUCUUGAAGCCACUAGGGCAGAGACAUGGAGCGACGAGAUCGACCGCCUGCGAUUUUCAUACGAUGGGACGUCCAUAACUUUACCAGAAACACGCAAUUCUGAAUGGAACUCGCCGCGCAACGAAAUCAAAUUGGAGAGGACCGCGAGCAAGAACAGCGUCACAUUGAUCAUACAAGAAACCCUAGAGCUCUUCGUUAGCGUAGUUCCAAUCACUGAGGAAGACAAUAGGAUUCACAGUUACAGAAUACCGAGGAACGACAGUUUCGCACAUCUGGAAGUGCAGUUCCGAUUCUUCGGCCUCUCGCCGAGGGUCGACGGGGUCCUAGGGAGGACUUACAGGGAAGACUUCGCAAACCCAGCGAAGCCCGGGGUUGAGAUGGCGGUUGUCGGCGGCGAGGACAAGUACAGGACCAGCUCUCUCCUCUCGUCGGACUGCGCCUCUUGUGUGUUCGCUCCUGGGGACAAGGAGGUCUCGCUGCUGAGGCAAUACGCUAUGCUGAGCUGCACCAGUGGAGUGGAAGGUGGCAUUGGAAUGAUAUGCAGAAAAUAGCAUUUUCAUUGCCACAUAUCUAAACUUACAAACUUCUAUAUAUUGUCAUGAAAGUAUGAUGAUUCU